AGUAGGUGCAAUGUAUAGAUGUAUUCUGCGAGAGUGCGACAUCACAGCAAUGUGAAAACAGGAAAACUGUAUAUACCUACAAAACUCACCACUUUUUAAUAAUGAUAAUAAUAAUAAUAAUAAUAAUUCAGACGAGUGAUUAAUCUAGAAUAUUCGUAGGUUAUUAUAACUCGCGACGUCCGUAGUUCUAGUAAUUUGUUAACUGUCAUUGUCAAAAUCACAAAUUCCUCUAACGCUGCAUAAAACCAAACCUGUGUAUCAAAUUUCGUAUAAAAUAGGUAUUUUGUGAUAAACUGUCCUCAAAGAGUGAUAAUGGGAACACACACGGUCACAAACACCGCAUUUCAUGCAUAAACGAGUAAUAAUUCUAAAGAAAAAAAUGCAACCUUCGUUUUUGUAAACAAUAUAAGAAAUCCCAUCCUACAUGGCUUCAUAUUUAAAUGAAAAUGUAUAUACUCAUACGUUUACCCCACGGGAAUACCAAGUGGAACUGCUGGAUAGCGCAAAGAAGCGGAACACGAUUGUUUGUUCAAGUACGAGUUCGGCUAAAGCUUUCAUAACCAUAAAACUCCUACAAGAAUUUUCUUACAAAACCAGAGAACCCGGCGGUAAGCAAGCCUUGUUUGUUUUGGAUGUUCAGAAUGUCCCCAUCAUGACCUCGCACGUCAAGCUUUUAACGGAUUUGUCUGUCGUAAGUAUCGGCAAAGAAGACAUUCAGUCUCUGGCGUUGCAAUCAGCGAACGUUAUUGUAACAACGGCGGAAGUGUGUGUGUUGCUGUUCAAGAAAAACCUCGUUUUUCUGAAUAAUUACAAUUUGAUCGUCAUCGAUUGUUUGUAUGGGGGACAGCAGUCGCUCGUUAGGGAAAUUAUGGUACGGUACCAAGCUCUCAAGGCUACCAAACCGAGAAUAUUAGGUUUGACCGCGGGACUGUUGGGUUCGGAAAUGCAGCCGGAUCGUUUAGAGGCUGAACUCCAACGUUUAGAGAAAUUACUUAGUUCCUCCGUAGAUACUUCUAGUGAAAUUCUUACAUUAAUACGCUUAUCCUGUCGUCCCCGCGAACGAAUAAUCGAGUGUUCUAAGCACAUUCCAAGUUCUUUACAGGAGAGAAUCAAAGCUACAAUUCACUCAUGUAGAGUAUUUCUUAACGAUCACCGCUACGACCCUAGCGAAAUUUACGACGACGAUCUGCUCGAGGAAUUCAAGCAAGUACCGGACCCAAAAGAGCAGCCUCUGAAUCUCUUCGACGAUUUCUUAGAAAUACUAGAAGAUUUGGGCCCGUGGUCGGCCGAUAGAGCCGCUUAUAGCAUGCUUAUCAAAAUAGAAAAGCUCAAGGUUAAAGUACCGUACGAAAGACACUACUUACUACUUUGUGUAGCUUCCACAGUAUUAGUUUCAAUAAGAGCUGAGUGCGAAUGGGAGUUCCAGGAUCUCACAGACAAAGAAAAAGUUUUGCAAUUUUCAACUCCCAAAGUUCUUAGGUUUCUCCAGGUUCUUAAACAGUUCAAACCGACGGGGGAAAGACCCGAUGUUUGUGAAAAACCACCGGACGUUAAAGAUGUUAAAAAGGGAAAAGGGAAGAACUAUAAAGGUCCGAGAAGGCCGUUCAUUUCGCGCACGCAAAGCGAAGAUAUGUUGUGUGCACUGGUUUUCGUUAAGAAUCGGUACAAAGCGGAAGCUCUCUUCGCCCUUUUGUGUGUCAUGUCGAAAAACGACGAAGAGUACUGGUGGGUUUCGGUUUCCUUUUCGGUGAAUAAAAUCGCCGAUCCCGUUCGAGAACCCCGCGAAGCCGAGUCUGAGCACAAGCGUCAAGAAGAAGUACUUCGCAAGUAUCGUAGUCAUGAAUGCAAUAUUAUGAUAGCCACUUCCGCGCUAGAACAAGGCUGUGAUCUUCCUAAAUGUAAUUUAGUAAUACGUUUCGAUUUACCUCAAUCAUUUCAUAGCUACAUUCAUAGCAAAGCCCGAGCCCGCGCUAACGAAGCCCAUUUUCUUUUACUAGCCAACGAGAACGAAGUGCUCGAAUUUGUUGAUAAAUUGGCCGAGUAUAACGAAGUCGAAAACACGUUGCUUAAAAGAUGCUACAGUUUGGAACCGGAUAAAGACGAGGAAUUGUUGGCCGACGUAAUCUCUUCCGAAUGUAAGUCGUACCAGCCGUCUUCGGAACCGGGUGCUAAUUCGGUUUCCUUGUCCAACGCGAUCGCGUUAGUUAACCGGUAUUGCGCGAAGUUACCCAGCGAUACCUUCACUAGGUUAACCCCCAUCUGGCACGAGGAAAAAGCUGCCAACGGUUACAUUUGCUCGGUACGGUUACCGAUUAAUUCCCCGGUCAAAAAACUCGUCACGAGCCCUCCGAUGAUCAACAUGUUACUGGCUAGAAGAGCAGCGGCUUUCAUGGUGUGCCAGCUAUUGCACAAGGCUGGGGAACUAGACGAUAAUCUCCAACCCAUAGGGAAAGAAAAUUUCAAAGCGAACGAAGAAGACUGGAAUCAUGCAAGUUUGGAUGAAUCGGACGAAGAAAACUUGGACCCGAGGCCGGGUACGACGAAAAGAAGACAGUACUACUAUAAGAAAGUCGCCGACGCCCUAUUACAUUGUCAUCCGGUAGUUGGGGGUUACACUUAUUUUUAUAAAAUUGUGAUGACUUUGACUUGUCCGUUACCCGAAGAACAAAAUACAAGAGGACGGAAAAUAUAUCCACCUGAAGAGUCGCCGCAGGGGUUCGGGAUCCUCACCUCGAAAGAAAUACCAAAGAUUAGUGCCUUUCCAAUUUUCACACGGUCGGGAGAAGUUAGCGUAGAUUUACAAUUGUGUUCACAAAUAGUCGUUAUGGAAAAUCAAAUUCUUAAAAUUAGGGAAUUUUUAAAUUACACUUUCACAAGCGUCCUGCGUCUGCAAAAGUACUUAACCCUCUUCAAUCCUGAUGCUUCUACAAACUCCUACUUAAUUGUGCCAACCAUCAGCGACCCGGAGGACGGUACUACUUCGGUAGACUGGGAUUUCAUUGAUCUCAUUUACGCCAACUUAAACGUACUCCCCGAAAUCAUUCCCGAAGAGGUACGCAAGUCGUACGACUUCGAUUCCGAAAAAUACAAGGAUGCGGUGGUAAUGCCGUGGUACCGCAACCAAGACCAACCCCAGUACUUCUACGUGGCCGAAAUUUGUUCCAAUUUAAAUCCUUCGUCCGACUUUCCGGGUUCGGACUACGCCACUUUCGAGGAGUACUACUUAAGAAAGUACAACAUACAAAUACAAAACAAAGAACAGCAUCUCUUGGAUGUCGACCACACGUCCGCCAGACUGAAUUUUCUUACACCAAGAUAUGUCAAUCGAAAAGGAGUUGCUUUACCCACGAGCAGCGAAGCUACGAAACGCGCAAAAAGAGAAAAAUUGGAACAAAAGCAAAUUCUGGUACCGGAACUGUGUGCCAUACACCCGUUCUCUGCAUCUUUGUGGCGCAAAGCUGUAUGUCUACCCUGUAUCCUGUAUCGAAUCAACGCGCUACUGCUCGCCGACCAGAUUCGACGGACUGUCGCCAUCGAACUAAAUCUAGGCAAGCUAGAAUUAGAUCCGGACUUUAAGUGGCAACCGUUAAACUUCGGCUGGUCGUUAGCCGAUGUCUUGAAAAAAUCCAAAGAAGAAGAGAAGAAGAAACAAGAAAAAAUAGAAACCCCUGAAGAAGUAAGUUCCGAAAUUUCGAAAAUCGAAGAUCUCGAAAUCGUCGAGCAAAUCGGAGAGGACGAUCAUAGCGACGAAGACGGAGAAAUGAUCGAGAUCGGUACUUGGUCUAACGAAAUGGCGCAGUUAGACGGAAACGGGGAGUACCCCGUGGUGAGGUACGCGUCACCCACUAGCUGGAUCGAUCUUCAGAAUACAUACGACGAUGAUUCGUCGUUUUCGGAUUCGGAUUACUCGGGGAACGAGUCUGAGUCGGAAUGGGGCGGUUUGCGAAUCGAAUUUACGGGAGACAACAUUGCGGAGGCCCUAGAUGACGAGAAUAAAAAAGAAGAUGAUUUUGAGCUCGUCGAUUACUCAAACGUUUGGAAGAUCGACGACGAUAGCGAGUUGACGCAGUCGUUGAAGAAACAGUUCCAUUGGGCGUGUGCAGACAACAAGAAACAUAUUCUUUCGUCGGGAAUAUUAAUUUCGAAAUCAGGAACGUUCCGGAAGAAUCCAGAAUGUGAUACGUGUAAUGACCAAAAGAUUGAACUUCCGUACGACUGUUCUUUCGAUUUCGAUAAGUUAUUUAUUGAUGUGGACAAGCGUGCGCCGCUUCAAAUUAACUUACCGCCUAUUUCCGACCGGAAUGAGUACGACAUAUCAGAAAAUUUAGUAUUCAAGUUUGAUGAGCAGCCUGAUUUGGAGCAACAUCCGGGACCUAGUCCUAACGUGCUUUUACAAGCUUUGACUAUGUCAAACGCCAACGAUGGUAUUAAUUUAGAAAGACUAGAGACUAUUGGGGAUUCGUUUUUGAAAUACGCGAUCACGAAUUACUUGUAUUCCAAAUACGAAAAUGUUCACGAAGGGAAAUUGAGCCAUUUGAGGUCGAAGCAAGUGAGCAAUCUCAACUUGUACAAACUCGGACGGAGGAAAUGUCUUGGGGAAUAUAUGAUAGCUACGAAGUUUGAUCCGCACGAUAAUUGGUUACCUCCAUGUUUUUACGUUCCAAAGGAGUUAGAAGAAGCUUUAAUAGAUGCACAGUUUCCUGCGAAUUGUUGGACGGUCGCAGAUAUGGCGGCCACCAGAGACAUGACUCUGGACGCUAUAUGUUCUAUGGUACGCGAACGCGGCGAAGCUUUAUCUUUAAAUAGUAUAAUUCCAUAUAAUUUGGUCACUCAACAUAGUAUACCUGAUAAAAGUAUUGCGGAUUGUGUGGAAGCUUUAAUAGGUGCUUAUUUGAUCGAAUGCGGACCACGCGGCGCCUUGCUUUUCAUGGCGUGGUUGGGCAUCAAAGUACUACCUCAGUUGGACGAUGGAAGUUAUGGGGAAAUCGAAUUGCCUAAGUCGCCUCUGUCGUAUCACGAAUCAUAUCCAAAGGAAGAUUUAGAGACGUUGUUGGAUGGAUACGACGAGUUCGAGAGACACAUAGGGUAUAAAUUUCGGGACCGGUCCUACCUUUUACAAGCUUUAACCCAUGCUUCUUUCUCGCCAAAUACAUUGACUGACUGUUAUCAAAGACUUGAAUUCCUGGGCGAUGCAGUUUUGGAUUACUUAAUCACUAGACAUUUGUACGAAGACUCCAGAAUGCAUUCGCCAGGAGCACUGACUGAUUUAAGGUCCGCCUUAGUGAACAAUACAAUUUUUGCUUCGUUAGCCGUUAGAAACGGGUUCCAUCGGUACUUCAGGAACUUAUCGCCCAGUCUGAACGAAGUGGUUGAGAAGUUUGUCAGAUUGCAAGAAGAAAGUGGCCACACUCUCGUCGACGAGUUAUAUUUGGUCGUGGAAACCGAAGAAGUGGAAGACGUGGAAGUACCAAAAGCGUUAGGCGACGUUUUCGAAUCUGUCGCCGGAGCUAUAUUUUUAGACUCGGGAAUGUCGCUGGAUGCAGUCUGGAAAGUUUACUACAACAUGAUGAAAUCCGAAAUCGAACAGUUUAGCAAUAAAGUACCGAAGUCGCCGAUUCGCGAACUGUUGGAGUUGGAACCCGAAACGGCGAAAUUUGGAAAACCGGAGAAACUCGCGGACGGAAGAAGGGUCCGCGUCACCGUGGAGGUUUUCGGGAAGGGAGUUUUCAAAGGUAUUGGUAGAAAUUACCGGAUCGCCAAAUGCACAGCUGCUAAGUGUGCGCUCAAAAAUCUAAAAAAACGAGGGCUCAUAAAAAAAGUUGACGAGACGUAACAUUAAGUGCCAUUACUUUCCGUUUAGAUGUUUCACAAAUGUAUGUUCGCUUAGUACAAUUUCGCGCGCAAUAUAAUCCGUCUAUUUUGGAUGCAGAACAAAUCCUAGAAGAAUGAUAAUCAAUAAAGUGUUCUAUAAGGUACCACUUAGUACAUAGUAUUAAGAUUUAAAAAAUCGUGUUCUAUAGAAGUGUUACAAGUUCAAACUUGUGUAAAUAAUUUAUCAUAUCCGAUGCACCCACCCCUAACAUUCUACUGCAGCCGUGACUGAAGUGGCUAAGAUUCUGUUCGACUAAUCUCUACGAACCUUCGUGUGCUAUUCUAGUCAUAAAAUUGAGGUUCUAUUAAAUCAUUUCAAAGUUAGCGUUUACGUGCAACAUAGGCCUUAAAGAUUCCCAGUAAUCUGUGAUUUCUAGCACGGUAUAUUGCGUAAGUGUGACAGUGUCAGGGCAGCUGUUAAUAAUAUUUUUCGUUUCGUUUCGAUAAGUUGAGUUUCGAAUUUUUACGAUCGUUACGCACUUCGGUUGUUUACAACACGGUUUUUUUUACAAAGAAUUUGGUAAAAAAUGUGAUAACUGCUCGUGUGAUAGAAGCGAUGGUGUACAUUAGUUAGGGAAGAAAUAUUUCAGUUCAAUAUAUUGUAGAUAAUUAUUUUUUAAAGUUUAAUUUUUUUGUUCGUUUGAUAAAAAUGUGUUUUUAAUGUAAUAAAAUUAUUCGAAAAUC